GAGUAAGGCAUAGAUCUAAUCGUUUCACUUUUGGUUUAGAUUCAACCAUGGCACAGCCCAUUUUGUUGCUUGGACUUCUAAUAGUAGCAUACUUUAGCGGUUCUCAAGCUGAAAAUGCCUUCUUACAGUACUGGGAAGAAAAGAUUGGUUUUCCACAACCUCCACAUUGGUUAGCUGCAAAGGCAUCUCCAUUAAGCCUCCAUCAGGUGGCAGUCUUUAUGAAACUUAUAAAGAAAAAUGAGUUGGCUUACCACCUACAUUCAUUCUGUAGGCAUGCUAAUAUUGCUUGUUCUACAAAUGCAUUGGUGAAGAAGGCAAUGUAUAACAUAACUUUUCCACCGUUAGCCCGGUGGAAUCCUGCCAAAGUGAAAUAUGAUGACCUUGAUGAAAAGCCCCUCUCGAUUUCCAGCCAAGGGGGGUUGCCAUAUUUCCGAGAGUCAAUGGUGAAAGAGGGAGGUUUUAUAGCUGUUCCUGAUCUAAGGGAUACAAUAUCAUUUAAAUCAUUCUUGCCGCGAUCCUUGGCAUCAAAAAUUCCUUUUUCCUCUACCCAGAUCAAGGAAUUAAAGAAGAUUUUUGGUGUAAUAGAUGAAUCAAACAUGGAUGAGUAUAUUCAAGACACAAUCAAGGUAUGUGAGCAGAGCCCCAUUCAAGGUGAACAGUGCACCUGUGCAAUUUCUGCCGAAGAUCUCAUCGAUUUUGUUGUUGAGAAAUUAGGGCACCAUGUACUUGUAUGGAGUACUGAGAGCGUUGAAGGAUCAUAUGAGAAUGUAACUAUUGAGACGGUGAAACUCAUCUAUGGAAACCUCUCUGAACCACCAGUCUUGUGUCAUAGUCAGCCAUUUCCAUUUCAAGUCUAUUAUUGCCAUGUUUUACCAAAAGUAAAAGUAUUUGCUGUUGAUAUACAUGCCCAGAAGAAAGUGAAUCAUGCAAUCAUGGCAUGCCACUAUGAUACUUCAACUUGGAAUCCAAACCAUCUUGCUUUUAAGUUUCUGGGUUUCGGCCCUGGCUUAAUUGAAGUUUGUCAUUGGAUAAAUGAGAAUGGAGUGCUAUGGACAAAGAUGAUUGGUUGAGCAGCAUUUUAAAUAUUUGAUUGUACUCUAGUUCUCUUGUUUUUAGUUACAUGUUACUGCAUAUGGUAUUUAUAUGAUAAAUACUAACCUAUUUUUGCUUCU